AUGAAGGUAAUCAGACACGAUGUUGACCCAGACGGGGAUCUCUUGAUUGUUCUCAAGCGCCCAAAUUCACUAAACCUGAUGCCGCAUCUGCCCAUGGAUGAUUUCCCUUGGCCACCUCCUCAUUAUGGAUCGAUUCUCGUUGAUCUAUCUAACAAAGACGAUGUUCAAAUUGAGUUCCGAGUCUUUUCAUUGCUUUUGAUCCGUUCUUCCAUGUUCUUCAGGAAGAUGCUUACGUCGCCAUGGAAAGAGACUGUGGAGGAGUCGACCGCUUCUCCUCCUCGCCUUCUAAGAGUCUCCGCAACCGACUGGAAUGCGGAUGCGCUCGCGGUCGUCCUCGAUAUCAUUCAUGACCGUUCCUAUGAGUAUGCUAUACCACACGGCCUCAGCAAUUUCUUUCUCGCUCAUGUAGCCGCCAUCGUGGACUACUACCAAUGCGCGGAAUGUCCGCGUAUAAAGGCAGUUACGAAGCAAUGGGAGAGCGGGUUCAGACUUGAUAUGAUUACGCAUGCAUGGAUCAUGAACCUGUAUAUCGCACUGGUUUUCUCCUGGAAGACGUUUCACUCGACAUUAGUCCCACUUGUAUUGGAGAAUAGUCAUGACUUGACACGAGUAACCCCUAUCUACGACCUGCCGAUGGGAGAAACGCUGAGGACAAUGGAUAACAAGAGACAAGCGAUUCUAGGUAAACUACUAGCACGUAUCGAUGCUAUGGCACCAGGAAUUUGGGAAGGCCGCACAGACUGUAGUGACGAAUGCUACCUAUUAAUGCGAAGAAGGCUUCCUACGGUAUUUCCGCGUCUACCAGUGAGCCGUUCACUGAUAGGAUGCUCAAUUGCCGAGGUGUUGAGUAAAAUCGACGACCUCUUGCCUACUCACGAGUACUACCACGGUGGAAAUUGUGUUGUCAAUUUAAUUAUGUACGAGGCCACCUGGGAGAUGUACCGGGACGUCAGACAGGCUUCGUAUGAGAUUUUUCAAUGA